GCGCAGCCGCGAGAGGCCCUUACACCAUCCAUCACCUUAGCUAGCAUAGCAUCCCGUCUCUGCGUCCUGAGCUUGCGAACGCGGCCGGACAUGGCGAUCAGGGGGGUACCUUCGCAGCGGGAGAUGACGGUGGCGGAGUUCAAGGAGUGGCUGAAGCAGUUCGACGCGGACGGCGACGGCCGGAUCAGCAGGGCCGAGCUCCGCGAGGCCAUCCGCAGCCGCGGCGGCUGGUUCACCACCCUCAGGGCCGGCCGCGCCGUCCGCCGCGCCGACAGGGACAAGAGCGGCUUCGUCGACGACGCCGAGGUGGAGAACCUCGUCGCCUUCGCGCAGAAGGAUCUCGGCAUGAGGAUCUCUGCCUGGUAGCCGCCCGCCUAGGCUGGCUCCAUGGGUUUUUAUCUGCUGUGCUAUGCUCGACCUACUGAAUGAAAACUACUCAAGUAACCACCAUAGUACAGUACCUGCCUAGCGUCGUGUGAUAUGGUUGAGCUUGACAUGCCAACUUCUCCUGAAUAAUAUGUGUAAAAUCAGGAGGCUUAAUUAAAGGUUCGCCACUAUGCAGUUACUUCA